GGGGUGCACCGUUUAAUGGGGGUAGAUGCGAAACAAAGUCAAAUUACCAUACUAUUUUGUUGAAUUUUUCCUACUCAAUCCAAUGCAUGCUCAGCAUCAAUCAAUCAUGCAUUCGUGCUAUAACAUACGGUAAGUUUCAGUUACGAACUCUCUCAUAUUUAAAUCACUUAUUCCAUUCCAUUGAUUAAAAGUCAAAUACAAACAUAAUACUCUAGUUAUAGAGAUAGUGGAUUAGUGAUUGCAUUAAACCCAUUUACGGACACAUGUAACAUUAGUUUACACACGUAAGUUAGAAAUGUAUACAAGGGCAAAAGGAAUAAUUAUAUCUGGUUAACUAUAAAAGUAAGAAAGUAAAUAAAGAAAAGCUUCUACUUAUCUUUUUUUGAAUUUAAAAAGGCUUUUAAGUAUAGGGGGGUAAGAAUAAGAAGUUAAAAGGUAAAAAAAGAUACGUUUUAAUUAUCCUCAUAUAGUACCUGGAAAUAACAGAAAAACAAAAAACAAAGGUAAGUACUUUGCUUGCUUUAAGUAUAUUAUGAACCCAAAAAAAGAUAUAUACACAAGACACAUUAAAAGAGAGAGCAGAAACAAGAUACACACACUUAAACCUAUUUGCCUUUUCUCUCUUCACUUCUCUCUCUAACAAGAAAGCUCUCUCUCAGUGAUCAUCAUCAAUGGCUACUUCUCUCUCCUUCAUGUCAACAGACCAAAACACUUCUCUCUCCUUCAUGUCAACAGACCAAAACUCCGUCAGAAACCCAAACGAGCUUCUCAGAAACACUUACCAGCUUGUCAACGGCGAGAUCCGGACAGAGCCGCCGAAGAAGAGCCGUGGUCGGAAACCUGGAUCGAAGACAGGUCAGCAAAACCAGAAGAAACCGACGCUGAGAGGAAUGGGCGUGGCUAAGCUCGAGCGAGUCAUAGCUGAGGAAGAGAAGAAGAAAACUGUCGUCGCCGGAGGAGAAGGAGACACGUCAGCUGCGAGCCCUAACGCCAACCGUUUAUUACCGGUCUUACCCGACCGAGGUGUUGUGCUACAAGGCUUUCCAAGCUACGGUGGUGGGCCCACAAACACCUCUCUUGGAGGGUAUACUCGAAGCAGGUUCCUUUGCGGUGGAGGAGCCGGGUCGGGUCAGAUCGUGAUCGACCCGGUUUGUUCUCCUUGGGGUUUUGUUGAGACAUCUACUCAUGAGCUCUCUUCAAUCCCAAAUCCUCAAAUGUAUAACGCCUCCAGUAAUCACUGUGACACGUGCUUCAAGAAGAAACGUUUGGACGGAGAUCAAAAUGUGGUGAGAUCCAACGGUGGUGGGUUUUCGAAAUACACAAUGAUGAUUCCUCCUCCUCCUCCUCCAAUGAACGGCUACGAUGAUCAGAGGAGCCAAGGCUUCUUUUAUGAUCAACGAAUCGCCAGAUCAGCUCCAGUUUCUGCUUCCAUGAAUCCGUACUUCAACGAGGCGACAAAUCUCACGGGAGCAAUGGAGGAGUUUGGUAGCUUAAACCCUAGGAACGGAACAAGAGGUGUGAAGGAGUACGAGUUUUUCCCGGGGAAAUACGAUGAUUUCCAAGGAAACUCGUUUCCAGUGGCUACAUCAGUAGGUGAUUGCAGUCCUAAUACUACAUCAUCCACUAUCGAUCUGUCCUUGAAGCUUUAAAUGUUAUUAAUUUUUUGCUCUUUCUCUUUCUAUCUAUGUUAAACAAAUCGUCUUUUUUUCUUUUUGUUAUAAUGAAGUAGAAGAAAGUAUGAAACAGAAGGAAAAAAAACAAACCGAUUUUUUGGUGUAUGCAUCUGAAGUGUGAAUCAAAGAAUGAUUCAGCUUUUUGAUUA